AUUCAGCAUGGAGUGGGUGAGGUGGUUUUUUUUGUUUUCUUCCCUCUUCUCUCCGCUUUGUAUGUUUGUUGCCUACGGAAUUUUUAGCUUGUGUGUGGAUAGUCCUGUAAUAUCCUGUGGAUUUAUUAAGAAUUAAGUAGUUUCUUGGCGAAGCCUAGUGAACACCUUCAAGACGAGCAAGAAAACAACCGAAACACACCCGGCGUGAACUGGCUAGCGCAGCCAUAUUUUCUCAAGAAAGUGGAUAUGACAUCAUCUGAAGCACAAGGAAGCUGGGUUUAGGCGAUUGUUGAACCCUUCCCCCCCACUCCCACCCGCCCGAGUUGAUCUGUUGUAAAUAAAUAAGAAGGAAAGAAAUGCCCAACCGGUGUGUGGCAUAUGGUUGUGCAAAGACACAUGAAGACAAUGUCACCCUGUUCCGAUUCCCUAAAGACUCAGCAGAGCACCGGAUGUGGGAGAAGCAGGUGCAACGGACUCGAAGUAACUGGACAGCCAAGCCAUCCUCGCACCUGUGCAGUGACCACUUUGGCAAGGACUGUUUCGAACCGAGGCCCUUGUUCUCGGCAAAGUUGUCGUCUAAAACAUCCCUGAAACUGAAGGAAGGGGCUGUUCCAACAGUGUUCAUACGCCCCCCUUGUCCCAGCUGUCCCGAGGAUGGCCCUCGCUGUAGCAAGUGCUUGCCCAAGGUUAAGCGGCGUGGUGUGACUGUCGAGCCCAGGAGUGUGGAGGAGGAGAGAGACAGCACAUGGACUGGUGCUCCCCAGCCAAAAGAAAUGGAUGGUGAGGAUGAGGAGGUGGAUGAUCAUGAAGAGCAAGCAGUGUGGCCAGAUGAAGCUGGGAUGUUUCCCUUGCAGUCCUCCAGCUCCCCUUCCACAGACCACACCCCCAGGGAGGAUGGACCAGCAGUGUGUGAGAUGUGUGGAAUAGUCGGCACCAAGGACACCUUCUUCUCCAAGACCAAGCGCUUUUGCAGUGUCUCCUGCUCCCGCUCCUACUCGUCCAACUCCAAGAAGGCCUCCAUACUGGCACGGCUACAGGGGAAACCUCCCACCAAGAAGGCCAAGGUGCUGCACAAGGCUGCCUGGUCCUCAAAAAUCGGGACAUUCCUGUACUCCCAGGGAGUUGGACAGCUGCUGAAUGGCACCAUGACUGGGCAAGACGCGGUGGCUACUGGCUUCGACUGGGGCACCUACCUCACGGAGAAUGGCUUCGAUGCCGCCCCCGUCACCUGCUUCAGACACGUACCGCUUUACUCCCAGUGGGAUGAUGUGACGGUGGGGCUGAAGGUGGAAGUCCUGAACAGCGAUGCCGUACUGCCCAGCAAGGUCUACUGGAUUGCCUCCAUCAUCUGUCUCGCAGGUUACAAGGCCCUCCUGCGCUAUGAGGGCUUUGAAGAUGAUUCCAGCCAUGACUUCUGGUGCAACCUGGGCACUGUGGACAUUCACCCCAUUGGCUGGUGUGCUGUCAACGGCAAACUGCUCGUGCCUCCUCAGUCCGUCCACCAACGCAUCAAAAACUGGAAGAAGUACCUGAUGAACCGGCUGGUGGGAGCGCACACCUUGCCUGUCGACUUCUACAUCAAGAUGGCAGAGAACAUGAAGUACCCGUUCCGGCAGGGCAUGCGCGUGGAGGUGGUGGACCGCACGCUGGUGAGCCGCACGCGCACUGCUGUGGUGGACACGGUGAUCGGCGGCCGUCUGCGGCUGCUCUACGAGGACGCGGGGCUGGAGGCUGGCGGCGAGGCACUUUCCGACUUCUGGUGCCACAUGUGGAGCCCGCUGUUGCACCCCGUAGGCUGGUCCCGCAAGGUGGGCCAUGUUAUCAAGAGCAGCGACAAGCGCGUGGACAUGAGCAGCCACCCAACUUUCCGCAAGAUCUACUGCGACAGCGUCCCCCACCUCUUCAAAAAGGUCCGGACUGUGUAUAUGGAGGGGGGCUUCUUUCAGGAGGGGAUGAAGUUGGAGGCCAUUGACCCUCUCAACCUGGGCAACAUCUGUGUGGCAACUGUGCGCAAGGUACUGCUGGAUGGAUACCUGAUGGUGGGUCUCGACGGGGUGGAGACAGAGGACGGCUGGUUCUGCUACCAUGCAUCCUCCCACGCCAUACUGCCUGUGGGCUUCUGUGAGAAGAACCAGAUCCCCCUCACGCUGCCCGCUGGUUAUGACCGGGUGACCUUCACCUGGCCCAAAUACUUGGAGGAGACUGGAGCCAUCGCUGCACCGGCGAGACUUUUCAACACAGACUGCCCCGGCCACGGCUUUGCCCCAGGGAUGAAGCUGGAGGCGGUGGACCUGAUGGAGCCGCGGCUCGUGUGCGUAGCCACCGUGAGGCGCUGUGCCGGCCGCCUGCUUCUGCUGCACUUUGAUGGCUGGGAGCCCGAGUUUGACCAAUGGGUCGACUACCAGUCCCCCGACAUCUACCCCGUGGGCUGGUGUGAAAUCACGGGCUACCAGCUACAGCCCCCCAUUGCCUCCGAACCUGCACCAAGAGAAGAAGCGCCCAAGAAACCCAAACUCCUGGGUAAAAAAACCUCUCAUCCUCGUCACCACUCUCAUGCCAUUCCAGAGAAGAAGAUGGUGAAGAAGAAACUGGCUAACCUCAUCUCCAAAAACUUACCCCCACCUCGAGCGCGCCAGCGUUCUCCAGGCAGUGACCCGUCUCUCAAAGCAGAGGAACUGGGAGAUGACAUCAUUGCCGUGAAGGUGAAGGUGGAGGAGGUGGAGGAAGAGAUUCCCAGUGGACCUGAGCCGACCGUCGUGGAGACAGAGGGCUUGCAGCGAUCUGUGGAGAACCUCAAGCAGGAGGCGGAGUGAGCCUCCCCUUGGAACAUACACACACACACACACCUCCUGGAGUGUAUACAGGGGUACAGGACUCUCAGAGGAGGCCACAUCAGCUUGGUGUUACUGUAGUAACACAGAAGCAUGUUCUGGAUCUCCACAGGCUCAUGAAAACUGUCGAGAGCUAGACUGACAGCUGACUGUGGAACACGUGUGAAUAGCAGUAUGAGUCUAGACGGGGUAACUUGGACGGGGUAACUUGGACGUAUAGACACCACCUGUGCAGGCAUACGCACCCUGUACAUCUGUAUAAACCUUGUGGAUAGAUAUUUAUACAUCAAGUAACAUUUAGCAUCAAAUGAAACAUCAUGUAUUGUGAUUGUGAAAUUCUUACCUGUUCUUGUCCAUCAUCCAUAUGUGUCUAUGUAGUUUUGAGUUUUUGUCCUGUAAUAUGCCUGCUGUCAGUUCUCUCAAAUGCCAAACACUAUCAUGGAUUCAGAGUGUAAACAACCAGAACUCUUAAAAACCUUUAUUUUUGGUCACUAAAGCUUUUAUGAUUGAAGAUGCCUUUUUUAAAUAAAACUGAGCUCGAAGCAGAGCUCAGAUACAAUUUUUUUUUAUUUGUGCCAAGGGUAUUGAUACAACAGUGCUGGAAUAGAAAAGAGAGCUGCCCUUGACUGCUGACCAGAUCCUCUGUAUUUAUUUUUCAUCAGGUCUUUGACGGUAGAACAGCUUAUAAUACAUCAAAAAACUUUUCAAAAUUCAAUUACACUUAAACUUUUGUAUAAUGAUGACAUUAUAGCCUUUCACUCACAGACACCCACAGUUUUACUAGAAGUAUGGGUUACUUAUGGCUCACCCAGUUUCAAUGUUCUUGUUUAGGGUCUUGGAGAAACAAGUUUUGCUGCAUUUUCUGUGCUAAGACAGCACAGAAGCACAGAUCACAACCCUAAUCAUUACGUUUAUUAAUUUAGAUGAUGCUUUUCUUCAAAAAGGCAAUUUUUUACUCAU